GAUACAGGAGUCUGCGCGUUUACGAUUCAUCGUCAGCUCGUUCUGCCCUAAUUUUGAAUGUGCUAAAAAUGCACAUGAGAUUAUUUUCCGGCAUUCAAAGAGGAGUCAGGACGCAGUAGCACAGCAUGAGUUUAUAAUUGGAAUUUUAAUAUGGAACUGUAACUCGGAGCGGUCUUAUUGAGUAAUUUAUAACAUUAGAAAGUAUAUCCAAUGCUAAAUGCUUGGACUGUGCAUCCAGUAAUUGCAGUUUAGAUUUUUUUCCGUUUACAAAACAGAUUUACGAAAUAAUCCGUAAAAUACUUGAUGCUUUUAGGAAGGGGCAUCAUUGAUCAACUUCAUUUUUUAAGAGGCCACGGUGUGGCGGAAGAGAGCCGGUUGCUCACGCUGUGCGUGUAGUGGGAAACUUGGCCAGAUCUCCAAACUACGGAAGAAACGAAACUGAAAUAUUACACCGGCAGAAAGCAGGCCAGCUGUGCCGGGGUGUCAGCACACGGAGCAGGGCAGCAGCGUGGCCGGGCUGUGCUGCAGAGCUGAGGGCAGAUAUUGUGCGCUAUCUCGGGUCCGUCUGGAGUUGCCCGUUUUGCCCACCAGGGAAGACAGGCCGACCCGCUGACCCCUCAUCCCGCAGAGCAGCACGCACAGAGCCUCAAACAAGCGGCUCGUCCCGGCUCGACAUUAGCAGGCUGUUUCUGCGGCGCAGGCGACCCGGCUCGGUUUGGACGCCAUGCCCCAGAAGAGGCGCUCCUCGCCGUCCGUAGCGCAGCUGAAACAAGCCGGCAACGACUGCUUCAGGAGCGGGCAGUACGGCGAGGCGGCCUCCCUCUACUCCCGGGCCAUCCAGCUCCAGGAGAGGUCAGGCCAGAGCAGCACAGAGGAGCUCAGCAUCCUGUACUCCAACAGAGCCGCCAGCUACCUGAAGGAUGGGAACUGCACAGAGUGUGUGAAGGACUGCACCACCUCUCUCAGCCUGGUCCCCUUCGCCAUCAAGCCGCUGCUGAGACGCGCGGCCGCCUAUGAGGCGCUGGAGAGGUACCGGCUCGCCUACGUGGACUACAAGACCGUCCUGCAGGUGGACUGCAGCAUCCCCGCGGCGCACGACGGCACCAACAGAAUGACAAAGGUGCUUCAGGAGCAGGAUGGUCCCAGCUGGAGAGAGAAGCUGCCCCCGAUCCCUGCCGUCCCCCUGUCGGUGCGCAAGAGUCUGGCGCAGGCCGCUGCCCCUGUGCCCCCGGGGCAGCGGAACGGCGUCAGCAGCCCAGGCGUCGCGGCCGAGAAGCUGGCACUGGCGCUGAAGGAGGAGGGCAACGCGCUGGUGAAGAAGGGGGAGCACAGGAAAGCUGCGGAGAAAUACUCCGAGAGCCUCAAGCUCAACCCCAGGGAAGCCACGACCUACACGAACAGGGCGCUGUGCUACCUGUCUCUGAAGAUGCACAAGGAGGCCGUGCAGGACUGCGGGGAGGCGCUGCGGCUGGACUCCAAGAACAUCAAGGCGCUGUACAGAAGAGCUCAGGCCCACAAGCAGCUGAAAGACUACAAAGCCUGCACUCGAGACCUCAGCGCCUUACUGAAGAUCGAGCCAGGCAACAUGGCUGCUCAGAAGCUGCUGCAGGAGGUGCAGAAGACGAAGUGACGCAGCAGCAGGAGCACAUCGCCGCCACAGCCCGGAUGAGACGUGUCCGAGGCCGCAGUACGACUCCCACUCUAGUCAGGAAUCAGUGUCUUGUACAUAGGCUUCAAAUCGUUAGUUUAUGAGGCUGGUUUAUCAGGGACUUUUCACCAAAAGGGCAAUAAUGCACUUUAUUUUGAAAAAAACUGAAAGCCAUAUGUAAUCAGCUACAGUAUGAAGUCUUUUUGUUUGCAUAGAAAAUAAAGAAACCUGAAAACUUUGGUGUAAAAAAUCUUGAUAAACCUUGAUCUGUUAUUACUUUAUGGAAAGCUUGAGAAUUAGGUUAGAAAUACUUUAAAACUAAGGAGUGUGGUUUUCUACUGCAGAUAUCAACUGCUGGUUGCAGCUCCUCUGAAAACUGCCACUGCUUGCAUGGCUCCCUGUUCAGCUGGAUAUCUAUGAUUAAAAAGCUGGUUUGUACUAAA